GCAACGGAAAGUUUACUUGGCUUGAAUGGCAGGUGAAAGAAUCCCACUUUCCAUAACGAAUCACUCAAUCACAGAGAAAACAAGGAAUUCCCCAAGAGAUUCCAAGAAUGUUUCACUAAUUUGAUUUAUUAGGGAUUUUAUCAGAUCCAAGGGAAAUAGGUGAACAGAAAAAAAUGUCGAGAAAUGAAGAUCCAGAGGGCAGCGAGCCUGUGCUGCCGAGACCGCCUCCGAGCGCCAGACUAAGGUCGGGACCCGACCCUUUUCUGGUGGUCUGCCGGUGCUUUAGCGUUAUAACCUCUCUCACUGCCAUUCUCUGCAUUGCCGUUAAUGUUCUCUCUGCUGUUCGAUCUUUCAAGAAUGGAUCCGAUGUUUUUGAUGGGAUUUUCCGGUGUUACGCGGUUGUAAUUGCUUUCUUUGUGGUUCUGGCGGAAACAGAAUGGGGAUUCAUAAUCAAGUUCUGGAAGGUUUUGGAGUACUGGGCUUGUAGGGGUAUGCUUCAAAUCUUUGUUGCAGUUAUGACGAGAGCUUUCCCUGAAUAUUCAUCGAGUCAACGGGAUCUUGUACUUCUUCAGAACAUAGCGAGCUAUGUGCUCCUUGCUUGCGGUCUAGUAUAUGUUUUUUCGGGACUCUUAUGCAUUGGCUUGCUCAAACGUUCACGCCAGGAAAAGGAAAUUACAAGGGAACAAGCAGUUAAGGAUCUGGAGGAAUUGGAGAGACGAAGAGAAGAACUUGAACAAAUGUUGUUGGCAGAAAGGGGAUGAGAGAAUGAAGCAUGGGACAUGUUGAUCCUGUUGUGUAUUAUGUUUUCUUGUGGAGAGGCAGGCAAGGGAGCUCACACAAAAACAAUUGUUCAACUUGAAGAUGCUUCCUUGUCUGAUGCUUUCUUCAAGUAGGAGACUAGGAAUAGCAUUUCGUGUAAGAUUCUUUCGGAUUGCAUAUUAAAUAAUUUGCGCACAUUUCUGAUUCA